GAAGUGUGAUGGCAACAUUAAUAAGUGCUUAAGAAAUUAAUAUUCGCGAUUUUCCUUAUUCAAAUCUAAUUGCAUCCAUAAACGUGUUAAGAAUUUUAGUAUAAAAUUUCAAUCCCGCGAAGCCGUUGUAAUGUAGUGAGCACUUGACUUUCCAUAUGGCAGAGGUGUAACAAGUGCAAAUUACUAGGCCAGCAUAAGCUGUUGAGGGUGAAAAUCGUAUAAGAAGCCAGCUUUCAAGAUAAGUGCAUAAAGUAUUGCCUACGUGGAAAAAUCAAUACCUGCGCAUAUUGAAAGCGACAGUUUUCACCUACGUCAUUUGGAGCAUACCUGGGCAUUCAGUUUUCAGGAUUCGGUUUUUCGAUACCCAGCGUGUACAAACAAAACAACAUUAAUAGCGAGUUGCAGUGCAACGAUAAAGCAAAAAUGGAUAACAAUCAAGAUCAAAUACAGCCAAGGCAAUCAACUGCGAAACCGGAUUGGUUGAAAAGAUUUUUACGUGAAUGUAAAAACGAAGGUGAAGCAUUCAUUAUAAUGCGAUCGAGGUUGCUGACGGAGGCAGCUAGACUUAUUGUGUGGUACUUCACUGAUGAUCUGGAAUGCCACGAGAACGGUGUUCCAGGCCAGGCCUGCCGUAUUGUGGAGUGGUUUAUUGUACACAAGAUACGCCAUCAGCCAAAUUUGAGAGACCCACGAGUAAGAAGAAUGUUUUUAGAUUACAUGCGUGAUAAAAUGCUACUUAUAGUGGCAUGCAGCGUAUUGCUGGCUGCAAAAAUGAAUUCGAGAGAACUGCCAGUGACCGCCCGGGAGACAAACUUGGUCCUAGGAUUGAAAGGAGUUGAUUGUAAACUGCCAGACGUUCUCGAAAUGAAAAUGAAAAUCUACAAAACUCUGGAUUACCAUGUUCCAACGACCACGAGUGUUGAAAUAGGUGAGAUGCUUGCACAUGAGCUGAAGGUGGAACCGAAUGUGCUACCUGUGGUCGCGAAAAUAAUAGAUGAAGCCGAUCUGCAUCGCUACGAUAUAGAGACUUCGAUGCGUCGCAUGACCAAAUCGCGCGGUCUGGAUGACUGUGAGAAACGGGUACGCACGCUGUACUUGGCCGCCGGUGGCGUAGCGGCAGCGCUCAAAACUGCUUCUGAGCAGAAAGGCGUGUCUCAAAAACUGGCGAAAAUGCUGCAAACAUCGACAGAGUAUAUCAAGUGCAUCCGUGAUGUUAUCCUGGAGGAGACCGCUAAAGAAAGGCCUGUCGUAGAGAACCCAUUGGCUAUAUUUCAGCGUAAAAGAAAGAGCUUCGACGAUACUUAUGAUGCUGGUAAGCCAGGUACCUCGAAACACGCUUAAACAUUGGCGUAAAAAUAUCGAGUCAACGAUUUACGUAUUUCACUUUAUUAAAAAAAAAAAACUUUUUAUCAUAAUAUAUAAAAUAUUCAAGCUUUCGGAGCUUACCUAGGUGCUCUCGUGUUUUUUUGCCACAUCCGUACAAAAAUCCAUAUUUUAUCGAUACAUUAAGCAAAGGGUUGAAGUGGUUUAAUAGAUUAUGGACCGGAUAUGGACCCUAAUUUUGGAGAAAUGCAUAGUUUUUAUAAAGCGCAAUUAUUUUUUAAAGCUUAUACGCUUUUGCAUUUAUAAAGUUAUAUUAUAGUAUUAGUGGGAAUAUGUUAUCUGUGCUUAGAGGAUAUAUUAUGAGUGUUUAGUAAAAUUUAAAGUUUAUUAAUUAUGUACGAAUAUAUUUGGUGUUUCAUAUUUUAAUUAAAUACCCAAUUACUCAUUAAUUAGGUACCUAAAUAAAUUAGUUAAAAACUAUAUUAUAAGAGAGUUUUGACUACAAAAAAAUGUUAUUCAUACACAUUUAAAGGCACGAAGAUGCCUCACUUUCUCAAAUUUGGAUUUGUUAACAAGUGUUCAAAGGCGCCAACGUCUCAGAUUUGUAGUUCUCAAGUUUCGAUUAAGUACUUUUCGAAUGAUUACCGAAUAGGGUAUACAUAUACUGCUGAUCAUGAAAUGUAAUCUUAAUUUUCUUUUUAUAAUGCAUAGCUAUCAGGCGGUGCCUGGGUGUAGGUUACGACUUUAGGCUAAGCUACUAACAUAAAAAUACAAUAAGCGUAACAAGUGUUUUCAAUUGUCUUUUAGUAUCCGAGAGAGGGUUUUCCUCGUGAAACUAAAACCCGGCUCUCAAGAUUCUCUUAACAGUGUAGAAACAUGAAAGUCAAUAAGUUCAGUUUACGUAAUGUAACUCAUUUUAAAAUCACAAGUUUCUUCAAGAUAGGGGUUGGUUCAAAGAUGGAGUGGCGAAAAUUUAAACUUUUAUAGAAACAUUACAUCCCUCGUCACACCUAUCAAUGUCAAGGUCAAAACUUUAUUUAUUUGAAUUUGCCUAGUAACCCAAGUUUUAAUCCAUCUAUAUGCGAGUAGAUCAUAAAUUAAUGCAUAAAUUUAAAACUAAAGCUACGAGGGUUCCAAGUCUGACACUUUUAAAUAUUUAGUAUUACUAUUAAUAUAUAGUGCAAUACUGCUCCGUCCUGUCACGUAAGCUUUAACUAAAUUACAUUGGAAUAACUUUUAAAUUAUGUCUAUACCACGUUACGGUAUAUAAUAAAAAAGGAAACAUAAAAAAC